GGGAGGAAAACUUAGUGAAAUAAAUUCUUAUAAGGAAAGUAUAAAAUAUUUAGAAAGUAUAUAAGAAGAAAUAAUUAGCUAGUUAGAACUGAAUUGAUUUAACGCCAAUGUUUAAUGCUGAAGUAAUUAAAAGAUAUUUUUGACAGGAGGGGGCGUAUUUCAGUUAGAAUACAAGAUGGCGUCUAUCGUUUGUUUAUAAAACUGUAGUUCUAAAGGAACGUAAAAUGAUGAACUUGCAAAAAUCAAUUCGAUUAGUGAGAAGGUAAAGAAUGGAAGACGAAGCUGAAUUAAGGGAAAAAAUAUUUCAUAAUCUAAUUAGAGAAUAUGUGAUAUUUUUAUUGCUCUUCAUUUUACUCUAUGUAUCAUCUUAUUGCCUCAUAUCAUCGUAUAAAAAGAAAAGGGAAGAAUUCUACAUAGGAGAUGAUGAAGAUGCUGUGGUUUACAGAAUUUCGCUCUGGAUGUGUAACUUCUCAUUGGCUGUAUCUGUGGGAGCAGCACUUUUGCUUCCAAUUUCUAUUAUCAGCAAUGAAGUGCUAUUAUUAUAUCCUAAUAGCUAUUAUGUCCAGUGGCUUAAUAGUUCCCUUAUUCAAGGAUUGUGGAAUCAUGUCUUCCUCUUCUCCAAUUUGAGUUUGUUUGUUCUUCUACCCUUCGCAUAUUUUUUCACAGAAUCUGAGGGUCUACCUGGUUCAAGAAAGGGAAUAAUGGCAAGAGUUUAUGAAACAUUUCUAGUACUUGUUUUAUUAGGAUUCCUUAUUCUAGGGAUGACAUAUUUACUUUCUGCAUUCCUUGAUUAUGGACAUUCCAGUAUUGAAUCUUUAUUCACUGCAAAUUCUUGGGAUGUGAAUAUUAUUAAAAAUGUUUGGAAUUAUUAUUUACCAUUCCUUUAUUCUUGUGUGUCAUUCUUGGGUGUGUUGUUGUUACUGGUAUGUACUCCAGUUGGCUUUGCUCAUCUCUUCACAGUAUUAGGAGAACUAGUUGUAAAACCUCAGUUUUUGAGAAAUAUUCAAGAUGAAUAUUAUGUUGCUGUAUUUGAAGAACAGCAUCUAAAACGCAAACUUCAAAAUGCCAAAAGUGAAAAAAAUUCUUCUGUCCAGAAUGGUGUAGGACAUAUAUUAGAAGAACUACAAAGUAGAGAAAAAAAAAGAAAAGAAUUAGAAAAGCAAAGGAAAGUAUCACCCAUUCGUAGAAAUCUUGGUUAUCCAUUUGUUAUGGUCUUGCUUCUUGCUCUUACUGGAAUAUCAGUGGUAAUGGUGGCUCAUAACACAUUAGAACUACUAGUUGGAAUUAAAGCUUUACCUAUAUAUACAGAACAAUUUUCACUUGGUAUUAGUUCGCUAUCUGCUUUAGGAGCCAUAGGUGCUUCAUUGGAAAUUGUACUUAUAUUAUAUCUUUGGUUGGCAUCUGUUGUAGGUUUUUAUACAUUACCACUAUUAUGUAGAUUGAGGCCACAUUUACAUGACACGUCUAUGACUCAGGUAAUUGGUAACUGUGCUGUACUCCUCAUAUUGAGUUCUGCUUUACCUGUCCUAGCUCGUACAUUAGGUAUAACAAAUUUUGAUUUAUUGGGCGAUUUCGGAAGAAUCGAAUGGCUAGGAAAUUUUUACAUCGUGCUUUUUUACAAUCUUGUGUUUGCCGUGGCCACCGCUUUGUGUCUGGUAACAAAAUUUACUGCAGCCGUGAGACAAGAGCUUAUCAGAAGAUUUAAAUCGUUUGCUCAAUGGACUGUUACAAGAGAACGCAGAUCGCUUUCCAUGAAUGGAAUAUGGCCUCAUUCCAAAGACGAUUAGUAGUAAUCACCCUUACAUAAAAAUGGCCAGUUAUCAUCAAAAAAGUCAAUGGGGCCAAAAAAUAUUUUCUAAUUUCAUUCAAAUGGAACUGAACAAAAUGAACAAAUUAUUCAAAUACUCAAGCAAACAUUUAUAAUUCUUGAAUCAAUAAUCACUCAUUCAAUAUAUAUUGUUCCUAUAUUUAUAAUUUAUUGUCAUUUGUAAAAACAUUGAUAUUAUUUUGUCAAAUUGUAAAGUAUAUUUUUAGUUAGCCAAUAAUACCUUUGUAUAGCAAAUUGUAGAAUAAUUCAUAAUGAUGGAUAACCAAUAUUAUUAUGUAAAUGUUUUAUAUAUUGAUUCAUUUUAUAUGUCAUAGUAUCAUAUUUAUAAAACUUGCAAUGAGUUUUAAAAUAGAAAAUAGACUGUACAUUGCUCAAUGUGAAAGCCAAAGAUACAUAUAUUUGAUAUGCCAAAGAAACUUGUUUUCUUUGAAUUUGCCAACGGCCAGAGUUGGAUAUGUUUUUAUUUAAGAAGAAUAAUUAAACAUUCCAGUUUUGAAAUAGUUUAUUUCAUAAGUGCAAUGCACCUGAAGAAAUGGAAGUUUAUCCACCUACUAUUUUAUAAUAAAAUGGAUACACAUUACA